CUACAAGGUCCACACAGACGGUGACGUAUUUCCCCAGCGACUGGAAAAUACUCCAAACAUUAAUCGUGUUGAUAUUUCGUUAUUGUAGUUGUAUUUUCUCUGAAGAGCUUAACAUAAUGGCUUUGGAAACGGUCCCCAAAGACCUUCGCCAUUUGCGAGCGUGUCUUCUUUGUUCUUUAGUAAAGACUAUUGACCAGUUUGAAUACGACGGCUGUGACAACUGUGAGUCCUACCUUCAGAUGAAGGGGAACCGAGAGAUGGUUUAUGAGUGCACAAGUUCCUCGUUUGAUGGUGUAAUAGCCAUGAUGAGUCCUGAGGACAGUUGGGUAGCUAAAUGGCAGAGGAUAGGCAACUUCAAGCCAGGUGUAUAUGCAGUGUCAGUGACAGGCAGACUGCCUCCAGGUGUGGUGAGAGAGUUGAAAAGCAGAGGAGUGAUCUACAAAUCCAGAGAUACAGCAGUGAAGACAUAAACGUGACUGCUUUCAGUGGUUAGCCACACCAGACCGGCAUCAUACCACAGCACCAGCUCCAGGAAGAAGCGACAACAGUGGGACUAAAUUUUGUCAUGUCUGUGAUGUUUUUGUUGUGAUUAGAAAUAUUAGCAAGAGUGCUUAUAGGGCAUGUUUUUUUUUUAUUUCUUUGAAUAAUUGAGAAAAAAAUAAAAGCUCUUUUUAUAAGAAAUGAGUAAAAUAAAAUCAGUUGAUUUUACAUGCGUACGCUGCAAACACCAUUAGAUUUACUGAUUCAUGGACAGGAAUGUGCACCAAGGAGGACUGCAAGUCUGCAUCUUCUCAUUCCAAGCAAUCUGUGACUCUUAAAGAAGUAUGUUAUUCAGUAGACUGGUAACACUGCACAGAUAUGUUCUUAGGUGUCCCAGUGCCAAAGAUCACACAAAAUCGCACAAAAUCAAAAGUAACAAUCAGUAUCUGGUGGGGUCCGGUGGAGGUGUGAUCACAUGUGGUCUGACUCUGCCUGGAUGAUCAGCUGUACAGUAAACGCAUUGCUAUUUAUUGCCCUGGCAACCUCGGCAGUCCUCAUGCCUCCUUGCAGGAUGCCAAAGACACGUUCACACAGAUGAGCAGGGACCCUGGGCAUCUUUCUCUUGGUGUUUUUUCAGAGUCAGAAGAACGGUCUUUUUAGUGUUCCAAGUUUUUAUUACUGUGACCUUAAUUGCCUACCGCUGUAUGCUGUUAGGGUCUUAAUGACUAUUCCACAUGUUCAUUGAUUUGUUUUUUUUUAUGGUUCAUUGAACAAGCAUGGAAAAACAUUGUUUAAACCCUUUACAAUAAAGAUCUGUAAAGUCA